AGUCAAUGAAGUUUCGUGUCCACAUAGUAGAGCAAACGUAUCGAUUAAAACAUGUCUUUUAAACCAGUAACACACGUGCUUUUUGAUAUGGACGGAUUAUUAUUAGAUACAGAGAGGUUGUACUCAGUGUCAUACCAGGAGGUCUGUGACAGGUUCAAUAAGCAGUAUACCUGGGAAGUGAAGUCCUCUGUGAUGGGAAAAAAGGCUUUGGAGGCUGCCAGGAUCAUAAGAGACAAAAUUGAACUCCCCAUGACCCCUGAAGAGCUCCUGGAGGAGACUAGAAAAAUUCAGGAGCGAUUAUUCCCCACAGCCUCUCUGUUGCCAGGUGUAGCAAAGAUUGUCAACCAUCUACACAAGCAUGGCAUUCCUAUUGCUGUUGGCACAAGCUCAGCAGGUCUGACCUUUGAGAUGAAGACUAGCCGUCAUAAAGAGUUCUUCAGCCUCUUCAGUCACAUUGUCCUUGGAGAUGAUCCUGAAGUAAAAAAUGGCAAGCCACACCCUGACAUUUUUGUGGUGUGUGCCAAGAGAUUCUCUCCCCCUGCCAACGCUGAACAGUGUCUGGUUUUUGAAGACGCUCCAAAUGGAGUAAAGGCGGGUCUGGCAGCUGGAAUGCAGGUGGUGAUGAUCCCAGAUGAUAACCUGGACCACAGCCUCACCCAGGAGGCCACCUUGCUGCUCAGAAGCAUGGAAGAGUUCAGACCAGAACUCUUCGGUCUUCCAGCCUACCCAUAAGGACAGUAAUCACAGCAGUGAUUUAAAUUCCACCAUAUCCUGUCAAUUUAAAAAAUAAAAAUAAAAAUUGGAA